CCGGGGUCGCUGCCCGUCGCCCCCACGAUGAAGGUGGCGGUGGACUUCGAGGAGUGUCUGAAGGACUCGCCCCGGUUCAGGUGAGAUGACUGGGGUGCAGAGAGAAAAUAUAACUUGACCAGAAUCACAUGAUGAUCACUGGCAGUUAAGAACAGAACCCAGACUGUCUCAUUCCCAGCUGUGCUAACUGCACUAGACCUUGCAAGUCCACGGACUUUAUCUACCAGCAUAAUGGAGUGAGGAAAUUCCAGAGUUGAGGGCUUUCCAUUGAUGAUGCCUGGCUUCCAGUUCCCUAGUGUUCAGAUUCAGGGACUGUGACCUAAAGUGACACACCCUAACUUCAUCUGUCAUGAUAUCACAUAGUUGUGAGGCAGUGUUUCCAGUAGUGAAGAACAAACCACACUGAGCUUUAUAAAUCAAAAUAAACUGCCUGAAUGGCCACAAGCAGCAAGGAGGGAGCCAGUGCAGUCUUGGAAAACUGGUCUCAUGUGCUAUUUGUGGUUCUCCAUUGAAUACUGGCCCAAGUUCAAGAUCCUGAUUCUAAUCUUCAAACCGAUCCAUGGGCUGGGAUCAAGCUGUCUGAGGCACCACCCAACUGUCUGUAACCAACCUUCCAUGACAACUGCAUUUCUCAGGGACAGCAUAGCUGUCUACACCAAGAAUAAGACUGGGCUGCUUUAGAGGAAGUGGAAGGAGAUGUGGCAGAAUUAGAAUUGAAACUUGAAAAGCUAGUAAAGCUUUGCAUUGCAAUGAUUGAUACUGGUAAAGCUUUUUGUGUUGCCAACAAGCAGUUCGUGAAUGGAAUUCGAGACCUUGCACAGUAUUCCAAUAAGGACGUAAUAGUUGAGACCAGCUUGACAAAGUUUUCUGACAGCCUACAGGAAAUGAUCAAUUAUCACACAACCCUAUUUGACCAAACCCAAAGAUCAAUUAAAGCACAGGUUCAGACAUUCGUUAAAGAAGAUAUUAGAAAAUUUAAAGAAUCAAAGAAGCAGUUUGAAAAAGUCAGUGAAGAAAAAGAAAAUGCACUAGCAAAAAAUGCUCAAGUUCAAAGAAAUAAACAACAUGAAGUAGAGGAGGCCACCAACAUUCUCACCGCAACACGAAAAUGCUUUCGGCACAUAGCUCUGGAUUAUGUUCUUCAGAUUAAUGUUCUUCAAUCUAAGAGGAGAUCAGAGAUCUUAAAAUCGAUGUUAUCCUUUAUGUAUGCUCAUCUGACCUUCUUUCAUCAAGGCUAUGAUCUGUUUAGUGAGCUUAAGCCAUACAUGCAUGAUCUCGGAGCACAGCUGAAUCUGUUGGCUGUAGAUGCUGCAAAGGAGAAGAGAGAGAUGGAGCAAAAGCACUCCACUAUUCAACAAAAGGAUUUCUCCAGUGAUGAUACUAAGCUAGAAUACAAUGUAGAUGCAGCCAAUGGCAUUGUUAUGGAAGGGUAUCUCUUUAAGCGAGCCAGCAAUGCUUUCAAGACUUGGAACAGGAAAAAGCCAGAUCACAUCAGACGCUGGUUUUCGAUACAGAAUAAUCAGCUUGUUUACCAGAAAAAAUUUAAGGAUAAUCCCACAGUAGUCGUUGAAGACUUGCGGCUUUGCACAGUUAAGCAUUGCGAAGACAUAGAAAGACGUUUCUGCUUCGAGGUAGUCUCUCCAACAAAAAGCUGCAUGCUCCAGGCUGAUUCUGAAAAGCUGCGGCAGGCAUGGAUUAAGUCUGUUCAGACUAGUAUUGCUACAGCAUAUAGAGAGAAGGGGGAUGAAUCCGAGAAACUAGAGAAGAAAUCAUCCCCUUCUACAGGAAGCCUAGAAUCUGGCAGUGAGUCAAAAGAGAAGUUGUUAAAAGGAGAAAGUGCUCUACAGCGAGUUCAGUGUAUUGGUGGUAACAUCGCCUGUUGUGACUGUGGCCUGGCAGAUCCUCGUUGGGCCAGUAUCAACCUAGGAAUCACACUGUGUAUUGAGUGUUCUGGGAUACACAGGAGUCUAGGAGUCCACUUUUCAAAAGUUAGAUCCUUAACACUAGAUACAUGGGAGCCUGAACUUCUAAAGCUGAUGUGUGAAUUGGGGAAUGAUGUCAUCAAUAGAAUCUAUGAAGCAAAAGUUGAAAGAAUGGGAGUUAAGAAGCCACAACCUGGAAGCCAAAGGCAGGAGAAAGAGGAUUAUAUCAGAGCAAAAUACGUGGAAAGAAAAUUUGUGGAGAGACAGCCUGCAUCAGUAUCUCCUCCUGAGCAUGGAACAAAAGUUCUGCCUCAAAGGCAGGAGGAAAAUAUGCACAACAUCCCUGAAAAAUCCCCUUUGCCAGGUGAACAAGUUACAGCUUCUCCCACAGUAAGAAGCAAUGACAGUGGGACCCAGCACAGUGCCGAUGACAGUAGAGAACACCUCGCCUCCAUCGUCUCCACAAACAGUUUGUUUGAGCCAGAAGGAGAAAAGCGAGAUUCUUCUGUGUUUCAUGAUUCAAAACAGCUUCAUCCAGGACUGCAGCUUUAUCAAGCUGCCUAUGAGAAGAACCUUCCUGAUAUGGCAGAGGCAUUGGCCCAUGGAGCUGAUGUAAACUGGGUCAAUACAGAAGAAAACAAAGCGACACCACUGAUUCAGGCAGUCUUAGGGGGCUCAUUGGUUACUUGUGAGUUCUUACUGCAGAAUGGUGCCAAUGUAAACCAUAGGGAUGUGAAAGGAAGAGGACCACUACACCAUGCCACAGUCUUGGGGCACACUGGGCAAGUGUGUUUAUUCCUAAAACGAGGAGCAAAUCAGCAUGCCACUGAUGAAGAAGGAAAAGACCCUUUGAGUAUAGCUGUAGAAGCUGCAAAUGCGGAUAUCGUAACUCUGUUACGUUUGGCGAGAAUGAAUGAAGAAAUGCGGGAAUCAGAAGGACUUUAUGGACAGCCAGGAGAUGAAACUUACCAGGACAUUUUUCGUGAUUUUUCCCAAAUGGCAUCCAAUAAUCCAGAGAAGCUAAACCGUUUUCAGCAAUCGGAUUCACAGAAGUCUUGAAUGUCUAAGAAGGAACCUGGUUCUUUUCUAAUGCUUAUAGAGCAGUGGCCUUUAUUUUUUUAAACUGCUUUCAUUAUGCUUUUUGUUAGCUAUUUGGUAGUCUGGAUUGAGUGAGCACUCUAGUGUACCCUUCGGCUGGGUGGGAGGUGUAAUUUGCUGCAUGUGAUUCAGGGUGAGUACUGCAGCAGCUGGAGAUGGAGCUGUUUUAGCAAGGGAUGCUGCUCUGGUUGGAGAGUGUUCUGUUUUGCCAUGUGGAAGCAGGAUUAAGUUGAGUCACACUCGAGGCUGGUGGAGGCUGGGACCGUUGCAGAUCUCAUAACCUGUAAGUGUGUGGGAUGACCAGAUCAUCAUUGCUUAUGAGCAGUCCUAGCAGCACAAUUUCCCUGUCUCCCCCAUUCUGCCUGGCGGCUAUAACCCUACAGCUCCUAUCUCUUAAGGCCCUUUCCCUCUCCGGUCUGUUUGGAUGGGAAAGCUGGUGAUCACCUGCCUGAACUUCCCUUCUGUACAUCUGCCCAUGACCCACACGAUCCUCCAUCCCCUCUGCCCUGGUGUGCUACUAACACAGGAAAUGAUGUUGUUGUUGCAGGCUCUUUCACAGCUGACCCCUUCCAGCAAUGCAGGCCACUAGGCCAGUGACUCUGUCCUGUCACUCUAGGUACAUGUUCUGGAGGACCAAGUGUCAGAGGAGCAGCUACUUUCCUUUUUCACAUUCAGACGUGCUGUGAAUAAAGUUGCUUAUUUGAUUGAU